UCUGCUUUUUGGACUUUAAACCUCAGUCAGAUUGUUAAAAGCUGAUCAGAGCAGCAGGUCAAUCACAGAGGAUUCACACACAGAGACAAGAUGAGUCAGGAAGCGUCCGUGGUAAACGUGGAGAGGUGGAUCUCUGAGAACAGGAAUGCCUUCCUGCCUCCAGUCUGCAACAAACUCAUGCACUUUUCCCAGGUGGUCAUCAUGUUUGUCGGGGGUCCAAACACCAGGAAGGAUUAUCACAUUGAGGAGGGAGAGGAGCUGUUCUACCAGCUGGAGGGAGACAUGUGUCUGAAGGUGAUUGAAAACGGGAAACACAAAGAUGUGCACAUUAAGGAGGGAGAGAUGUUCCUGUUGCCGGCUCGGAUCCCUCACUCCCCUCAGAGGAAAGCAAACACAGUUGGUCUGGUAGUGGAGAGGAGACGACUCCUGACCGAGACAGACUGCCUCAGGUACUACGUGGGGAACAGCACUGACCCUCUUUUUGAGAGAUGGUUCUACUGUGAGGACCUGGGAACACAACUGGUGCCUAUUAUUAAAGAGUUCAUGGCGUCAAAGCAGUUCCUAACAGGGAAACCGGAUCCAGAUGAGCAGUUCAGGGAGCCUCCAUUCCAGAUGAACACGGUGAAGGUGAUGUCUCCAUUCAGCUUCAAACAGUGGUUGGACAAAGAGAGACCGGCUCUGAACAGCAGGGGGCAGGUUGAUAUGUUUGGAGACCAGUUUGAGACUCAGGUGAUAGUGUUUGGUCCUGGACACACUGCAACGUCAGUGCAGCAGAGUGAUGUGUGGAUCUGGCAGAUGGAGGGAAACUCUACAGUGACCAUGAACCAGCAGCAGUGCAGACUCUCUGCAGGAGGCAGUUUACUCAUCCCUGAACACCAACAGUAUGAGUGGCACAGGGAGGAAGGGACUGUUGCUCUAUUUGUGGUCCAAAACCCAGAGAGGAAGAGACCCUGAACAUCACACAUUUGGUAUGAAGUGUUCUGUGGGUGGAGAGCACAUUUACUGCACAUAAGUACUAAUUCAAGGUAAUGUUAGUUGUAAAGUGGCAAAGUACAAGGCUGGAAACUUUCAGUAUUUAUGUGCUUCAUUAAAAGUAAUGGAUCAGUGACGUUACAGUGAUUGAAUGGACCAUGAUGCAUUUCUGCUUAAACCAGCGAACAGUAGAAGAAGAGUUAGAAAUUAUCAAAGCCUUUAAAAUGCAUAAAUGUAAAAUGCAGCAUACACAUGAAUCCAGCAGAAAUAUUAUUCGAAAAAUGACUAAUUUAAUAGUCAAACACUACACAACAAAACCAAUUAUUUUACUGUUAAUAUGUCAUACUUUUACUGCAGUAAGAUGAGGAAUGAAGGAGUAUUCCUCUUACUUUUAUGGAAGUUAAGGACUGGAAUUCAUCGUCCAUCACAGUAUUAUGUGCAUGUGAGCAGGUGUAUCAAUCAAUCGUUACAUACAGGUAGCAUGGUAUGACAUCAAUUCAUUUGUGUGCCAAUAAAAGUAAACAUCGAUCCUGAUGAACAUACUGAAAUUGAAAAUGUCACUUUUUUUGUUGUAAUGAAAAUUUGUUUUAUAUUAAGAGAAAUCACAUCAAUAAAUAUCUGAGAUUAAA